AUGAGCCUGUGCAAAUCCAAGCAKGUUUUUAGAGCCUACAUAAAUUUAAACUCCUGGCCAGGGCUUAGGUUCAGAAUUGUUGGUGAGGACGAUGGAGGGAAACUUUUUACUCCUGAAGAAUAUGAAGAAUACAAAAAGAAAGUUUUACCUAUGCGCUUACAGAACAGGUUAUUUGUGAGCUGGCGAUCACCAACAGGAAUGGAUUGUAAACUCGUUGGCCCGGAGACACUGUGUUUUUGUACACAUAGACCAGUGGGACAGGAUGUUCCUUAUGCAGCAAUGGGAGGAUUAACUGGUUUCAGCUCACUGGCAGAAGGCUACAUGCGAUUAGAUGACAGUGGGAUCG